AUGAAAAAUGUAAAAGCUUUGAGGGAAUCAGUUAAAACUCAUCAGGUUAUAUCAAUAAAAUAUCAUAGUAUGUUUAUGGUUUCUUCCAAUGAGAAGAUGCCUCCUUUGUCAAGAAAGAGACUGUCUAGAAAUGAUGCUAACCGUACGCUAAGAAAUCUUGUGAAGGCGUUAUCAAGUGUAAGCACACCACGAGAGAGGUCUACGUCGGAAUUACCAUCUGAAAUGAGCAAACGGAUUAGUCAGAGCAAACCCUCGACUUUCAACGGUAAAGGGGAACCGUCGGAGCUUGAACUCUGGUUAAGAGAAUUUGACAAACUUUUUGAUGUAGCUGAGGGGGAUUUUGGUUGGGAAUUGUUUAAAAGGGCCAUGCGAGAGAAAUUCUAUCCGCUGCACGUAAGGAAAGAUAAGUCGAACGAGUUUGCGCGGUUAGAGAUUGGUGGUAUGAUUGUUGAUGAGUAUUACCACAAAUUUAUGGAGUACCUCAAGUACUGUCCUGAUGAUGUUCCCACUGAAGAGAAAAAAAUGCAGCGAUUUGAGCUGGGAUUGUCGUAUGACAUUCAAAAACAUAUCGAAAGUGAUCGCUAUAACAACUUGGAACAGAUGUACAAGCGCGCGUCUCAAAUAGGGAAUAUUUUGAGGAAGGAGAAGAAAAGAGAGAAAGGUAAUAUCCCCGAGAAGAGAAAAGAAGGUGCUGGUCAGACAUCAGGGACUCCAGCAGGUUUUUAUCAAAAGAAAGCCAGAAAUUUCGGCAGUUUUCAAGAAGGUGGGUCUGGGGUAAAUGCGGGCUUUAGGGGAGAAGUUAAGCCUGCGAAGCCAUUACUGGAUCGAGAUAGCAAUGAGAGGAAUUAUUUUUGUAGGAGGUGCAAGAAAAACCAUCCGCGAAAAGAUUGUGACGGAAAUCUAGUUGAGUGUAAUUUUUGUCACAAAAAAGGCCAUUGA